UAUCACGGAUCAUAGGAUUUCUAUGAAGAUGGAAGGAGAGAGAAGUGUUCACUUGCAAGUUGGUGAACUCCAUAGGCUAAGUGAGACAAGCAAAACCAGCACAAUGUUUGAGCCUCGAGGGGUUAGCAGUAUUGAGAAGAGAGACAGUGGUGCAGACUAUUCAAUCUCAGCAACAACAGUUAGAGCACCAGAAAAGAAGCUGACCCUUUUUGCUUUGCGUCUUGCAGUGCUUGAAAAAGCAGCCACUAGCCUUGGAACUCUUGGUUUUAUAUGGGCAACCGUUGUUCUUCUUGGUGGUUUUGCCAUUACCUUAGACAAAACCGAUUUCUGGUUCAUCACCAUCAUUCUUUUGAUUGAGGGAACAAGGAUUUUCAGCAGAAGUCAUGAGCUUGAGUGGCAGCAUCAGGCCACAUGGUCUAUUGCUGAUGCUGGGAUCAAUAGUUUCAGGAUGUUGAGGUCCACCUCAAAUUUUGUGCUUCAAAGUAUGAAGAGCCUUUGGAGGGUCAAUAAGCAUAGGAGAGACAUGGUGGAGGCUAAUGUAACCCCCAGGUAUAGAGAUAACACAAGCAUAAGGACACCAACUCGCACUUGGAUUAGUUCUGAUGUUCCUCUUCUACCUUAUGCUAAGUGGUUUUUCCUUUCAAGGCAUAUCAGUAAGCUUCUGUAUUGGCUUCAGCUUCUUUCUGCAAUAGCUUGUGUGGUUCUUUCCUCAACAAAGCUCAUCAAGCAUAAUUAUGGAGACGUUGCAAAGGGAGACACUGACAAGAGGAACAGGGAAUCGGCUUUGAAUAUCUUCUAUGCCUUGGCUUUGGCAGAAGCCUUGUUGUUCUUGAUAGAAAAGGCUUACUGGGAAUGGAAAAUCAGCUACUGUGAACUGCUGGAUGAGGUUAAUAGAGAGUGUGAGUUGGGGCCAUCAGGGUUGGUGUCUAUUAGAAGGUUCUUUUAUGAUGCCUAUUCAAGGUGUGUCAAUGGAAGCAUAUUUGAUGGGUUGAAAAUGGACAUGGUGUGUUUUGCUAUGGAUCUUUUGGCCUCAAACUCACCUGAUGAGGAGCUCAUUGGAGCAAGAAUUCUUCGCCAAUUCGCGGUUAGUGAACGGUUUUGUGAUGAUACUCUUCAGAAGAUCGGAAUUUCCAUAUCUGUGGUAGAGAGACUAGUUGAGAUGUUGAAUUGGACAGACCACAAGGAGGAAGAAAUUAGGCUCUCAGCUGCAGAGAUUUUAGCAGAACUAGCUGGCAAGAAGCAGAAUUCUCUCCGAAUCGCGGGGAUACCCGGAGCUAUGGAAUCAAUUUCAUCACUUCUACAAACUAACAGGAAUUGCAUUCCUGCAGCUGAUGAAAUUGGAGAAAAAGAACUCAUAUUUGAUCAUCCUAGUUACAGCUACUGGACUUUUAACCAUUUGGGACUCCUCAUUCUGAAAAAGCUUGCCCAUGAUCAUGACAACUGUGGAAAGAUUGGAAACACAAGAGGCCUGCUCCCAAAGAUCAUAGAUUUCACACAUGCUGAAGAAAGGUUGUUGAAGAAUGAAAAUGUUACGCCAUCCCAAAUUCUGACUGUGAAGAGAUCUUUGCAGCUGGUGAAGAUGCUGGCUAGCACAACAGGCACCAACGGAAAACAUCUUAGAAGGGAGAUUUCAGAGAUAGUUUUCACGAUCAGCAACGUCAGAGACAUUUUAAGGCACGGAGAGAAACACCCUUUGCUACAGAAACUGAGCAUAGAAAUUUUAACCAAUCUGGCAUUGGAAGAGGAGGCAACAGAAAGGAUUGGUGGUACAGGUGGAGUACUUAAAGAAUUGUUCAACAUAUUUUUCAAAGAUUACACUGUGAGUGAGAAAGAUGUAACCACUGUUGCUGGUGAGGCCUUAGCAAUGCUGGCAUUAGAAAGCAAGAGCAAUUGUCACCGGAUUUUGAAGUUGAAAGUACUGGAAAGACUGGUAGAAUCAUUGAGAGUUCCACUGCUUCGUGUCAAUGCUGCUAGAAUUCUAAGAAAUUUAUGCACCUACAGUGGAUCAGAAUGCUUCAAACAGUUAAGGGGAGUUACAGCUGCAGCACCCACAAUACUUCAGGCAAUCAUGUCUCAAGAAAACAAGCUACAAGAAGUGAUGGUUGGACUCGCAGCAAGUGUUUUCACAUUCAUGACUUCUUCUGAAUCAAGCACUGUAUUUGAAGAAUCUGGAAUCACUGAGGCAGAACUGGCAAAUAAAUUAAUCCAGAUUCUCAAGAAACAUCAAUAUCCACCAACUAAGGUCCCUAGGAUAAGGAGGUUUGUGAUAGAGCUGGCUAUUUGGAUGAUGAAGGACAAAGCUGAAAACAUACAAACUUUCAAGGAUAUGAGAAUGGAGGAGGUGCUGGAGGGUGUCCUAGAGACUACUUCAGAGCUUGAAAGCUUUAAUGUUUUCUCCGGUACCGUGGGACUGAACCGCCACAAUCUAACAAUUCAUUCCCUGGUUGAGACAGCAUUGAAUUUGCUGGAAGAUAGGUAAAACAAUCAAACAUGGAACCAUGUUGCAAAAUCAGUAAACCAUGUUGACCCAGAGCAAUCACUGUAAUAGUGUACUUGUACAUAUAUGUGUGUGAACUAGUAGAUUCUCCGAG